AUGGGAGAUGGGUUUCGUAGUUUUUGGUCCUUAUUAGCUUAUGCUCUUGGCCUAGUCCUCUUAGUUUCAUGUCUUCAACAAUCCAAUGCCACACUUUUAUAUGAUAACUUCGGUGGUUCUGGCUGUGAUUUUUUCCAGGGUAGUUGGGUUCAAGAUGAUACGUAUCCAUUAUAUAGCACAUCCGCCUGCCCUUUCAUAGAGAAGGAAUUUGAUUGCCAGAGAAAUGGACGGCCAGAUAAAUUAUAUCUCAAGUAUAAGUGGAAGCCUAGCGCCUGUGAACUGCCAAGAUUCGAUGGCAAGGAUUUCUUGACAAGAUUCAAGGGUAAGAAGAUAUUGUUUGUAGGGGAUUCUCUAAGCUUGAAUCAAUGGCAGUCACUCACAUGCAUGCUGCACAUUUCUGCUCCUCAAUCAAACUUCACCGUUGGGAAAAAGGGAGGCCUCUCUACAUAUUCAGUACGGGAUGAUGACGUUUCUGUGAAGCUCUCUCGUAAUCCAUUUUUAGUUGAUCUAGUCACAGAAAAGAUAGGGAAGGUUCUAAAGCUUGAUUCCAUUGAAAAUGGGAAGCACUGGAAAGGAUAUGACAUGCUUAUCUUCAACACUUGGCACUGGUGGACUCAUAAAGGAAGUCUUAAGGCGUAA